AUGUUUACAACAAGAUUUGUCUAUAGAUUUGCUAAAUCUGUACCCGUGGUCGAUGUUACAGCCUUCCUUGCCAAAAAGGGAGACACCUCUGCCCAAUGUGCCCAAGUAGCAGAAGCUCUCCACAAUUACGGUGCCAUUUGCAUCAAGGAUCCACGAGUUAACGAUCGUCAUAAUGUCGACUUCUUGGAUAUGAUGGAAAAGUAUUUUGAAUCCAGAGCUGCCAAAUUCUAUAACAAUGAAUAAGUAUUCACAUGCCUUUAAUUCAAGGUCGAAGAUAUCUUCCCCAAUUACGCAUAUUAAGUCGGAGCUACACCAGAGUUCGUUGAAAAAGCAAGAACACACAACAAUGUUGUCAAAUAAUACACCAAAGAAAAUGAGGCUUUGACUCCAUAACCAGCUCCCUAUGUAAUUUUUUCAUCUCUAUUAAAAAGGAUGCCAAGUGGAGAUUCUUUUGGCCCAUCGAUGACUCAGGCAAACGAACCAAGGAUGAAGAGUAUGCUACUUUCACUCAUAUCAUUAUAGUUUCCAACCCCCUAGAUUCAGACCCAAGGAUGUUCCUUAGUUUGGAGAACGAAUGGAAUAAUGGGGCAAGAUGAUGAUCAAUGGAUGCUUGACAGUCGCUGAAAUGGCUGCUGUUGGUAUGAGCAUUCCAGCUGACUCUUUUACCAGCAGAAUGUAAAAUGGACCUCAUUUACUUGCUCCAACUGGUUCUGAUUUGGAUAGACACAAGCCAGGAACCAUUUUUGCAGGAUUUCAUUAUGAUUUGAAUUUCCUCACCAUUCAUGGUAAGAGUCGCUAUCCUGGCUUGUAUGUUUGGUUAAGAAACGGAGAGAGAAUCUCAGUUGCUGUCCCAGAAGGCCACUUGCUCCUUUAAGCUGGUGCUCAAUUCGAUUUGCUUACUGGUGGCUAUGUGACUUGUGGAUAUCAUGAAGUAUUUUUUUUACAAUAUCUCUACAGGUCAUUUACACAGAAGAAGCCAAAAAAAAAUAUGAAGAAAAUAAGAAAGCUGGAAAAAGCACAUGGAGAGUCUCCUCAACUCUCUUUUCACAUAUUAAUUCUGAUGUCACUCUCCAACCAUUGGAUAAAUUUGCCAAAACAGGAUUGCCACCUAAAUAUAAGCCAAUUAAAGCAUUUGAAUAAGUCUAACAAGAAUUAGAAGCCAUCAAAUUAAAGUAAUGAUGAAUAUUCAAAAAUUUG